AAAGGGACAAAAGAUAUCUUCAUGUAAAUAUCAUUGAUUUACAUUCAUGUGUCAAAAUAAACCCACCGGUGAUGAAGCAUUGAUUAGGGCCAGGGGAAUUAUAUUUUAUUUCGAUCUGUUACAUAAUGAGAAGCAGUAAACAUGGUUUAUCAAGUAAAGAAGACAGAACACCACCUUACAGUUAUAACAGAAGUAUACAUUCCAAAGAUACAGAUUUCCUACAAUAUGAUUAUUUUGAUUUCAUGAAGCCUACAGACUAUACAUAUUCUAGAAGCCCUAGCUAUAGACGUAAGGUUAGCAGUGAGCAUUACCAGAUGCCUAACAUGAAAAGGAGACAGUUAAAAGGGGCGUAUGAAAAGAUGGAUGACUAUAGUUCAGAUGAAGAAGAGGAAGGAGAGGAGGAACUAUCAUAUUUUACAGACGAGGAAAUUAUUAAUACCAGAACAAUAUUAGAAAAUGGAAUGUUGCUAAGAUCUGGACACAAUUUAAAAAAUAAGAAGACAUUAAUAGAAAAAAUGAAAUUACGGAGAUCAUUGAUGUCAGGGAAUGACUAUGAGGCUUUAACCUCAAGUAGUCGGAGGUCACAGACUUUGAACAGAACUAAUAUUAAUACUAGUACUGAUGUUAGGUCUAGAAAUAGAAGAUCACUUAACACUGCAAAUGAGUACAAUUCAUAUAUGGGGGGAUCAACAUCUAACAGUCAAGGGACAACUAUGGAGUUAAAUAGUAAAGGUGGUAGAGGUCAUACAAACCAUUCCACAGAUAUUACAACUACGAGAAAAACCUUGAUAGAAGAGUUUGAAAAUGAAGAUAAUUUAGAAAAAGGAAUGAAAGAAACACAGUCAACAAAGAAAAGGAAGAAAAAGGCAGCCGUUAUCAACCAUAUGUAUGGUUUGGAUUCAGAAGAAUUGUCAGAAUCUGAAUGGUCAUUGAUGAAUUCAUCCUCUAGAGAGAACAACAGUAAAUACUUUGUUAAAGGUCAAAGUUCAUCUGUCAGUGAAACCAGCGUUACCUCAACUGUAGUCACAACCAUUAUAGAAUCUGUAUCAUACAUAGCCAGUCCUAUAGUCACACCCAUUUGGAAUACAGUGGGACAACCUGCUUCAAUGGUUUUAUUGACAACUGUUUCAUCGAUUUUUAGUGUAUUACAUUUUGUGUUGUGGACUUCAUCAGGACAAUAUUUAUAUUCAUUAGGAAAAACUGUAUCAAAUAAAUCAUGGAACUUAGUGCAAUAUUUUAUCAUGCAUUUCAUUCUAUUGGAUACAUGGAUAUUAAAAAGGAGGAAGACAUCAGCUUGUUGUUUAUGUUUACCAUUGUUAUUGUUACUACCUCUCUUAUUUAUUGGAAGUAGAAGUGUCUUGCCGCUAUCAUCAGAAUCAUCAUGGUUAUCAAUAUUUGCUACAUCAUCAAACAGGGUCAUCAAAAUUGCAGAUUCAGAGGGGUCCAGUAUCAAUAUGGGUCAUUUGGAAGCUGAAGUCAGGAGAAUCAUUGUACAGCUUCAGGAUAAAAGGAAUGUAUUGUCCAGAGCUGAUGUCGAGGCUAUUGUACAGAAUAUGUUACAUCAGGAAGUAUCACAGCUACGUCUGGACAUAUCUGGGGAACAGAAUCAACAUAAAGCUGCCAUUAUGAGCCAGGGUAAUGAAUUUAACCAGAAAUUAAAUCUCAUUAAUUCACAGAUAUUAGAUAACAUUACAAUUUUACAAAAUAGAUUGUCAUCAGAGAUGCAGAAUAUUCAGAGUGAAGGAAGCACACAGUCAUCAGCAGCUGUUUUAAACAUACAAAAAUUACAACAAGAAAUAUUAGAUUUAAGGUCUGCUUUGGGGAAUGUGAAAAUAUCACAAGAGGCACUUCAAUUACAGAUGAAGAACUGCUGUAAAAAUGAUAGUUUUUAUGCCAUGACUAUACAAACUCAUGUCAAUAGGAUAUUACAACAGUUGAUGGCAGGUAAAAUGACUGGUAUAGAUGACCAAGAUUCAUUCACUAAAUGGUUCCAUACCCAGUAUGUCAGUCGACAAGAUCUAACUGAUCAUCUGGCUAAGUUUGGUCAGGAGAUUACCAAGAUGGUCAUGUUAGAAAUAGAAAAACAACAGAAGACACAAGUAAUUCUUGGAGAGGGAGGUUUAUCAGAACAGGUUGUUCAAAGAAUAGUAGAGGCAGCUUUGUUGAAGUACAGUGCUGAUAGACUAGCUUUGCCCGAUUUUGCUUUGGAAUCUGCAGGAGGAAGUGUAGUCAGUACCAGAUGUUCUCAAACAUACCAUCGUAAAACAGCUCAGUACAGUAUACUAGGCAUACCACUCUGGUAUGUUUCUAACUCACCAAGGACUGUCAUUCAGCCAGAAAUUUAUCCAGGAUCUUGUUGGGCUUUCCAAGGAUCUCAGGGAUAUUUAGUGAUAGAGUUGUCUACUGUGAUAAAACCAACAGCCUUUACAUUAGAACAUAUACCGAAAUCUGUAACACCUGAUGGUAAAAUUACAAGUGCUCCUAAAGAUUUUAAUGUCCUGGGUUUAGCCAGAGAAUGUGACACAGAAGGUACACUUCUAGGAAAUUAUACAUACAAUGAAGAUGGAAAACCACUCCAAUUUUUCCCUGUACAGACUACAGAGGGAGUCUUCAAGUUUAUAGAAUUAAGGAUAACAAGUAACCAUGGAAACCAGAUGUUCACAUGUCUGUACAGAUUUAGAGUUCAUGGAAUUCCAGCAGAGCAGGAUAAACCUUAAAACAUACUGUAUAGCAGUUAGCCAAUAUAUCAAACAUAGGUUUUCUUCUAGGAAAGGAACCAUGACUUCAAUAUAAACCAUCUUCAAGUGAAAUAUUUUCUACAGGGUAAAAAUGAAUGUGUCAACAUAUAUCUAUGCAAGAAUGUGCAAGAGAAAAUUUGAACUUUCACAUUGUUCAAAGGAGAUAAACAAUUGGAUAUAAAAUAUGCUUAAUAGAAUAAGUGUAAAACUGUCAGUGAAUGACAUCAUUGUUAAUGAUGGAUUGGGGAAUGAGAGAAAAUGAAAGUACAUUGUGUAUAAUUAUUUAUUAUGCAAAUGGAAACUAAAAUGGACUUUUUUUUUUUGAAAGAAAUUUGUUUCAAUAUUAUAUAAUAAUGCAUGAAAUAAAGAAAUGAACAAUGAUUGACAAAUUAUUUGUGAAGAGAUCUAACAGGGUUUGUAUUUGUAGUGUAUCCAACCAGACUUGAAAAAUACACCAUAUAUUUAUUUUGUUUGUUAAAAAACCAUCGUGAAAAUUUAUGUAUAGAUUUUUUAUUAUUAUUAUUUGUUAAGAAAGGUGUUUAUUUUAUAUGAAUAAGUUAUUGUUUUUUUUAUUUUUUUGUUGAUGUCAAUACUAAUGGUACAUGUACUAUUUUACUUUGCUCAAAUUCAUAUGAAAUUAGCUACAAUAUAAUGAAUGCAGUACACUCUUGCUGUACCAAUAAAACAUAUAUUGUACAUUGUACACAGGGAAGGCACUUUGUAGGUGUUUAAAAUGGAGUUUAACACCAAUCCAUAGUUUAGGUUUCAUAGUGCCUUCUUUGGUCCCCAUAUUUAUGGAACAGCCCUUUAAGGGGAUUGAAAAUAUCAGAAACAGUGAAAUUGUCUCUCUUCUCAGUUUUAUUUUUCUCGUAAUAUGUAAAUUAAAAAUUAUCUCCAUUUGUUUUACUGCAUACCAGAUAAAUAUUGGUUUUCUAUGAAAUAUGAUUUUGAUGAAUGUUAUUUUUACUGUUAUUUCUGUUUGUUUUAUAAUCAACGGGUGAACAACACAGUAUUCAUCCUUCUUUUUUUACUUCAAAACCCCAUUGCUAUGUUUUUACUGUGAUACUUUCCACCUUGCAGCUAUGCUGUAUUUGUCUACACUUUACAUCAGAAACAAGGUAAUUAAAAAAAAAGAAAGAUUCAAAAUAUUACUCUAAAGGUUUUGGAAAUUAAUUUAAGUAAUUUUUUAAAGAAAAUAAAACCAAAGCGCAGAUAUUUUUAUCAAAUUUCAUGAAAUAUGAAACCUCUAAAUUUGAGAAAUGGAUGAAAUAUUAUUACUUCUCUUCUGUCUGGUACUUAAAUAUUUCUUAAAAUGUAUAUAAUAUAUUAAGAUCACAUUUGAGGACCAACUACAGAAACUUUGGGAAUGGAUCUCCUUUUUUUUUUCCUUCUAUUUUUUUUUCUUAGGUGUUUAGGAUUUUAUUAAAUUUUCUCUAAUAUUUCAAAUUAUUUUUCCUUCUUUGAUUUGUUUUUGUCCAUUCAAUCUUAUAAUAACUGUUGUUUAUAAGUGCUACCCCUCUGCAUCGUUUGUGUGGUUUGAGCAAGUAUGAAAAAUUUCUCAAUUAAACUCAUAAAAAUCAUAUAUGUAUUAUUUUAUAAAAUAUGCAAUAGAUAGUUGUUUUUGUGGUUUAAAAGUUGUAUAAUCUUAAAUGAUAGUGUACAUUUACAUUAGGGCUAUUCCAUUAAAAUGUAUGUGGGAGGGUAGGAAGGGACUUUCAAAAUAUCCCUACAACCAAGAACCAUUUUUAGAUAAUUUUGCAUAAUGGUAAUAGACGCAUACUGAAAAAAGACCCGUGACCCACAUUCAAUAAUUAAACUUCCCUUCCUACCCUCCCACAUACAUUUUAAUGGAAUAGCCCUUAGUAUUUUAGGAGAAUCUCAGAAAUGCUGGAUUUAUUAACAGUGCAAUUAAACAUUGUAUACUAAGUUGUAUACCAGUUCAAAUGGCUGUAGUUCAGUACCAGUACAUUUAUUUUUAAGGAUUCAAAGGCAGCUCAAUUAGGUUGUGUUUAUUUUUUAUUCAUUAUUAUUGUUCGUCUUUUGCAUAUAUCAUCCAUGUUUUUAAUGCAUAGUAGCUUUUUAUUUUUCUUUACAUGUAUUGCGAAAAAAUGUUUAGUUUAAGGUCAUAGGUUAUUUCUGGAUAAUUUCAAAGAAAGAAGACAGUUAUUUUUCAUUUAUUAGCUUUGAUAUGGGACCAAGAAGAAUGUGUUCACUUUCAUUGAUCUACAUCAGUUAUUCAUAUAAUCUGUUUUCAAAUUCAGCUUUUAGCAAAUUAUUUAUGCCAAGUUUAAUAUGGCUUAUAUUUCCAUGUCAAAAUUUGACUAAAGUUUUUUUGACAAAUCAUAUUUAAUAAGAGAUCAAAGGUUAAGAUUAUAAUAUAUUGUCAAAAAUAUACUUUAAUUUUGCUGAAUGAAUGUUUUUGUUAUAAAAUCAAGGAUGAAGUAAAUAUUUUUUUCUUUUACAAAAGUCUUUAUUAAUUUCAAAACUAUUAUGCAGGCAUUGACUAAUAUACAUAUUAUUUUUUCACUUAUCAUAAAGUAGUUUGCUGGUAAAUUAAAUAUGAGAUUACAAAUGUAGUUCAAACUUUACAUGUAAAGUAUUAUUACUGCCAUGAAUAUUCACUUAAAAUCAAAAAUAUGCUUUUUGCUUAAUGUGCUUUUUUUGUUAUAGAAACAAGAUGUUGUACUGUUAAACUUGUGUACAAACAUUAGAUUAAAUAGUGUUGUCAUCAUUAAAUGGUCAAAAUAA